CUGUGGAGCCCAGGAGAGCAGACACAGGACUGAGCUUCGGACCUGUCCCUGGGCCUCCUGAAACCCAAUCACCUAAGCUGACACGAGCAGCCUCCAGGCGGCUGCCUUAGAGCACUGCCCUCCCAGUGGAAUGCAGCCGCUCCCGCCGCCAGUGCCGGGCCCCCUGGCUCUGCUGGAUACCACAGAGGGCUUUGCAAGGAGAAAGAAGAUCUCUCUGUGGUUUGUGGGCUUCCUGCUGCUGGUAUCCACCCUCAUCCUGACCAUCGGCCUUGCUGCCACCACCAGGACAGAGAAUGUGACUGUGGGCGGCUACUACCCAGGGAUCAUCCUGGGCUUUGGGUCCUUCUUGGGAAUCAUUGGCAUUCACCUGGUGGAGAAUAGAAGACAAAUGUUGGUGGCGGCCAUCGUGUUCAUCAGCUUCGGUGUGGUGGCGGCGUUCUGCUGUGCCAUAGUCGACGGCGUGUUUGCAGCACGGCACAUCGAACCGAGGCCUCUCAGCGCAGGAAGGUGCCAGUUCUAUUCCAGUGGGGCUGGGUACUUGUACGACGUCUAUCAGACAGAGGUCACGUGCUACUCUUUGAACGGAAGGUGCCAGCUUAGGGUGAGGAGCAACACGUGCUACUGCUGUGACCUCUACCCCUGUGGGAGCACAGAGCCCUCACCUGCCUACUAUGAAUUUGUGGGUGUGCGUAGCUGCCAGGACGUGACCCACCUGUACCGGCUGCUCUGGGCGUCCACAGUGCUGAAUGUAUUGGGCCUGUGCCUCGGCAUUGUCACAGCUGCAGUCUUGGGGGCUUUCAAGGACAUGGUCCCUCUGUCUCAGCUGGCCUAUGGCCCAUCUCCACCACCUCAGAUCCUCUACAACCCUGCGCAGCAGAUCCUAGCCUACACCGGCUUGUGCCCUCCAUCUAUGACCGUGCCAACAUGUUCCUCCUACCCUCUGCCACUUCAGCCCUCCAGCGCCCUGCCGGCCUCGUCCUCUGCUGACCUCUCCCUGCCUGAGGACCCGGAGUCUCCCUCCCAGCGCAACUCCAGCCACGGGCACUCUCCUAACGCUCCUCCACUCUGCACACCGGCCUACUUCCUCCCAGGGGAGAAGCCUCCCCCCUACGCACCCUGACACGGAGGAGGUAGCAGAUUAAAGAGUAACUUGGUUUGGGGUUUUCAGGAAUAGAACAAGACUAAUAAGCCACAUAUAGAAAGCCUGCUUCUGCAGCCAGCCUUGCAGAGAACCCAGGAAGCUUGGCAAAGCUGUAUGCUUCUCCUGGCCACGCCCUCUGCCAGCACAGGCCAGGACCAGAGCCUGCAGGGCCAGCUGACUCAGCACCAUGGCACCUCUGCUCACCUCUCCCCACAUGCAAACCAGUAGCAAACCGUACUAGACCCCAGCUUCACCACCCACUGCUCCACUUCAUCCCUACCAAGUCUUGGCGUGUUACCGGUUGCUAUUAUCUUGCAAAGGAAAGGUAGCCAGGCAUUUCUAUUGGUGAUGAUUGUGCCUUCAGGAAAUGCAUUACAAGUUGACAGAUUUCUGUGAGCAUGUCCCCAAGAAGGGACCGACUGAACCCCUGAGCUCCACUUGUCUGAUUUGAAGGAAACAAGCUUUGAACAGACAUCCAGAGCAACUUCUAAGAAGCCUUUGAGCUCUGCCUCUCUGCAAGCUCCACCUUUUGGUAGACUCCAAAUCUCAUGCUCAGCUCUCCCUGUGGUGCUCUGUUGAUUUGUGGCCACUGGUUUGUUCAUUAAUUAGCUGUUGUGUGGCCACCGGGGCCUGCCUUCCCUCUCCAAGGUCCGUUACUAGCAGGUUGUGGUGGAGGACCAGCCUGUGAAGAUGUGGCUCCUGCGCCCCCUGCUGGCCAUGGCCAGUUUGUCCAACAGCCAUCUCACCAGAGCAAGCUAUAGAGAGCCCCCAGCACAGGCCUACGUGGGAAGGUGACAGGUCUGUCUGUGCAGAAGAUGUGCUGCAAACCCAAGAGCUGCUUACUGGUCCCCGAAGUGCUGAGACACCACUGGUCUGAAGGCUGCUCGCUACGCGCUGUCUUCAUUUUAUGACAGGAUCUUCGUUCUAGUUGAUGCUGACUGACCUUGGAUCCAGUACAGUCUUGCUCCCCUCCAUCCUCCAGGAGCCUGGCCUCAGCCUCCCUGUGACCCUGGAUCAAUAGAAAAUGAUACUCUGCCAACAUAUUUACGCCACUGUUUAUACUAGGGUAUUGGAUCCCUCCUUGGACCACAGUUUCAGAGGCAGUUGUGAAAGUCUCCUUAGAGUUUCACUUGGAGGCAACAGGCCAAAAACCCCUCUGGACUUUGGAGGGACAUUGGGCACUGCUCCUUGACAGGGUGAGUGGCCAGUUGGCUGUCCCCUGCCUUGUAUUUAUCCAGAGUGCACAGUUAAGCAGCUCUCACAAGGGACAUGCCACGGUGCUGGCAAUGGAGGAAGCUGUCCGACAUGCCAACGGAAAGAUUCCUGCUCCUUGUUGGGGUGAGGGUCAGGAAGACGGGGGUGGCCAGAGGCACAGAGAAGUAUCCUUGAUGAGGAUGCACACACAGCAGGCUGCUUUUCCCCAGGACUGAGACAAAGGAUACCUCAUCUACAUGGUGAUUGUUCAGAGCAGAGCCAAAUUCUGGAGGCUGCUGGGAGCAAGGGUUUCCAAGGCAUCAGAGCCUCCUGGUGCAAAGCCCACACUCCCCCCCCCCCCCAUCUGCAUUUAUAUUGUGGCACUCUAGUUUUGUACUCAGUAGUCUUGUCUCCUGGGCCCAAGCUCUGCCUCUGAACCUCAUAAAGCUGCCCCUAGCGCCUUUGCAGAGCAACAAAACAGCAUGUCUGGGUGUAGAGCCCAUGCCCACUGGAGCCGAGAACUAUUAAGAAACAUUGAAUUCUCAAGGUCAACAGUUUUGUUCAUCGCCACAAAAAUGCCUCUGUUCCUCAUCCUAGCCAGAGAAUGUAAGGUCCUGCACCCUAGUCUCCAGAGCAGCCCCCCACAACCCACACUAAUAUAUAGUGUGGGCAGAUACCCACACCCACAAAGACCAUAUCCUUGCCUUUGUGUGGGCAAGACUAGGAAGCCAGCUGGAGCCUGAAUGCUCAGUGUCUCGUCCCUUGAUGGCUUUGCCUCUUUGAAUGUGGCCCGAGGGUCUGCUAUGUGCUUGGCUUCUGCUCUGCUUGGUGAGAUUUGCUUGUGGCCGUUUGUCUUGUCGCUGAACCUAUCAGCUGCCUCUGCUUUUGGAUUGAUGGGAGGUGGGGUUGACAGUCCGUGCUAUGGUAGCAGCUCACAAGAGCGUAUGGAGCGUGUAUGUCAGACAGAGCUCUUCUGCCCUAGCAGAUCAGCCUGCUUGAGUUAGAGCUCUACUUGUACCAUCUCUCCGGUGGGCCACGGAGCCAUCAGCGCUCUGCUUCUCAAGAUCCAGUAGCAAUAGCUUGGUGAUGGAUGGCACCUGUCCACAGGCCAAUGGCCAGCAGAGGGUGUUCUACAGGGCCUGCCUGGGUCUCCUACUUCUCUCUUGGGUGGUCACUCUACUUGUCAAGUUUGUAGGAAGUCAUUGCCUAUUCUAGACAGGGACCCUGUGAUCCUGGGUGUCUCCAAGUAGCUUCCAGUUAGAGCAUUUAGCCUCCCGUUAUGUUUAAAUGCAUGAUCUGCAGGCUUUGUGUGUUUUGGAAAAUACAGUGAAAUGGUCUGCCCUGAAGCAGUGGUUUCUAAAAGGUGACUUUGCCCUAGGUACAUUAGAAAAAACCCAGAGACAAAGUUAGCAGAGUGGAGUAUGAUAGAACCUGCGGGAGGAUGGGGUGCUGACAAAGGUCCUGUGUGCACAGGAGGACCCCAGGCCCAAGAGAACAACCUCAUCAAGGAUACAAUGAAAACAAUACAAAAGAAAUGGUAAAGGUCCUUCCCUAGAAAAAGGGACAAGUCUGCAGCCAAUUCAGACCAUAGGUACCAUCCAAUCCAUUCCACCCUGUUCUUUCAAAGUUUGCACCACCCCUCAAAGGUUCCUGGUGCUUCCCUGGGGGCUCUGCAGCUUGGCCACCUGGAUUUAGGAUAGGCAGCUGACAGAUGCAUUAUGACUUUGUUCGGUUAUAAGGCUUGGUGCCAGCCAGGGCUGGUGCUGCAACAUCAGAGAAAAGAGGUGUCUGUGCCCUUCCUGCACAGCGCAGUCUCCCCAAGGCAGAUAAGGAAUGCCAACUCUCUGGCCCCCCUGCAUGUCUGUGUGCUCUCCUUCCAACCAGCGUUUGUCCUACUCUGUUCUUGGGCUCAUGACCUGGAGAGAAUUGGGGCUGGUUGGAGGACACUCGUGAGAACAUUCCACGAGAACAUUCCAGAGCUGCCUCCAAUGCAAGGAAAAACCACUGAAGGUCCAGGGGACACGGUCUCACCAGUUGAAGAUGGAACUGAGCCCUAGAAGGCUGUAGGCUUUCGACAGUGUCAUUCCUGUCCUUCACCAGAGCUUACAGCAUGCUAGGGCUCAAGAACAUCAGAGGCUCCCCAACUUCUUCCCUUGUGAAGAAACAGCAGCUCAGAGACACCUAGCAAGCUGCUGUGUUCUUAAAACAAAAACAAAAAAAAAAAAAAACAAAAACAACAACAACAAAAAAAAAAAACAGGCGCAGCCAAGAGGCAAAUGGCUGGUAUGAAGGAGAGAUGGAGAAUUACAGGUGCCACCUCACACACUGGCUGCCAGGGCAGUUUUAAGAAGGGUUCUGUGUGUGGGAGUUACAACAGAGCUAGGCAGGACUCUAUUUGCAGAGUAGAGUGAGGCUCUGCAGUUUGCUGUGAACCCAGGCUUCAGCCCUUGCCAGCAUCCAUAAGAGGAGGCUCCUUGGGCAGGUCAAAGCUGCCUGGCCUGGGACACAGGUCCUAGGAAAGGCCCCUCGAGCUGUGGGCC